AUGGAGGCUCUUGAGAGGAGGGGCAAUCUCGCCGUCAUUUUAGCGACAGUCUGCAUCGCUUUGAUUUGUAAUUGUGAUAGUGUUGCCGCUAGGAACCACAGCAUGUCGUACGUGUGUCCGCCCCAGUUCAUCCGACUCGGUCACAGCUGCUACUUCUUCAGUGAGAACAAGGCCACGUGGCAAUCAGCGCUAUUCUUCUGCAAGGAUCGUGAUAGUAACUUAACAGUGCCAGCUAGGUGGGAGGACAGGAAUCUGAGAAACUACCUCAAUAAACCCAACGUUGAUAAAGCAAGUCGCUGGAUUGGUGGAAUAUAUGACGCAGCGGCGCGCUCCUGGAAGUGGGGAGGUGAACUUCGACCGAUGCAUUAUCAGUCUUUCUCCAAGAUGAAGAAGCUGACUCCCGAACAACUGCAGUUCCAUUGCAUUGCUAUGAUACCCGAACUCCUCUACAGAUGGGCACCGCGAAGCUGUUUCGAACCGAGGGAGUUUAUUUGUCAAACUAAACUGAAGAAAGUAUCGAAGGCUAAAGUUAAGGAACUACAGAAGAGAUACCAACGAAUGGGAAAAAUCAAUGAGAUAACAGCACCGAGCGCGAGCAGAGAAGUUGAAGAUGGGCACAUCAAUGACGUCACCAGUAACCCUGUCCUAAACCCCAAGUCCUUCGACCUUCACCCGAGUCCUCUCAGACGAGGGCCGAAGAAGAAUCCGAUUCGAAACAAGACACACGGCUUCCGACCCAACGAGUUGAGGAAACGAUCGCGUCCCCACGUCGAGAGACGGCUCAAGAGACCGUUCCCAGGUUAUCAAUGGAACCGCCACAAACCCGAGGAAUCCUACAAAUACAACAUGGAGCUCCUGCUCUCUGGUCGCACGGGGCUCAGUCCACAGCAAGUGAAGUUCCAUCUGUCUCGUAUGCAGCGUCUGCGGGACCGGCAGCUCCAUAGGAUGAGGGACCGCGAUGACUGGCUCGUCAACGAAACGAAGCCCGCCAUAGUCCGCACCCACGCGAGGACAUAUACACUUGAUAAUAACAUCAGCGCCCUCCAUCCUAAAACCAUCGUUGAGGAGUUUGAUAUGCUUCCACCCCCCGCCCCCGCCCCCGUCGUUGUACCAAGACCCACUCGUGGUAUUUGGUAA